AUGCCUGUUUCAUUAGCCAUUCUGGGGGCUGGAAUCUUCGCCCGCGAAGGCAACGUGGUAGAACUAAAAGCAGUGUACUCAAGGUCUUCAAAGUCUGCUGAAGCUCUGGCCGCCCAGAGUGAAAGCAAUGCCGACAUCUACUAUGAUUCGCCCAGUGCUGCUGGCAAGUCGGUUGACGACUUACUGAAGCGCUCGGACAUCGAUGCGGUGAUCAUCUGUGUCCCGAUUCUUGCUCAACCAGAACUCAUUCGGAAAGCGAUGAAAGCUGGAAAGCAUGUUCUCAGCGAGAAGCCCAUCGCCAAAGAUGUAGCAACAGCAGAAGAACUGAUCAGGUGGCGUGAAGCGUCUUCGAUCAAGUCCAUCUGGGCAAUCGGAGAGAAUUUCCGCUUCAUCUGUCCAGUCGUUUGUGGCCAUUCGAAAUUAAAGGAGAUUGGUGGUCAAGUGACCACAUUCAGCAUGAAUCUGUUUGCUCUGGUCGACGAGAACGACAAGUUCUACCAGACAGAGUGGCGCAAAACUCCAGAGUAUCAGGGAGGUUUCUUGUUGGAUGGAGGUGUUCACUUCGUCGCGGGAGUGAGACACCUUCUCAGCGCGGUCGGAGAGGACAUCAGUUCGCUGGCAGCCUACACGGCGCUUUUGGAACCCAAACUUGCCCCUGUCGACACCGUUCACGGCAUUCUUCGCACAACGAGUGGACGCAGCGGCUCUUUCAACGUGUCCUUUGGCACCGAGUUCAAGGGAGGCUUUGAGAUAUUCGCCGCCACCAACAAAGGUUCAGUGACCGUCACCCCUGUGUCGGUCAAGGUGGUGCGAAAGGACGCGGACGGAAAGAAAGUAGAAGAAGAGGAGUCCUUUGCCUUUGGUGCCGGAGUCAAGUCCGAGGUUGAGGCUUUCGCCGCAAGCAUCGUGUCGGGAACCCCUGACCCACGACAAAGUCCCCAGCAAGCUCUCGGGGACCUGAUUGUCCUGCAAGGUCUCUUGGAGUCGGGCGAGCAGAAGGGAGCUGUCAAGGCUGUGAAACUGUGA